GGGGAGACCGAAUAGCAGAAUGGCUGCCACCGCGGAUCCCUUGGAGCCCUUCUACUUCGAGCACGAGGAGCAGCAGCGCAUUUGCGGGAAGCCGGUGAGCCCCAUCACAGAUGGCUUCGAUGCGAACUAUCCCAGUGUUGUGGAUCGUUUCUUCACGCGCUUCUACUACAUCCGAGCCAAUGCCGCCUACCAGGUGCUGUACCACUCCAAUCGCAUCUGCCUAAUCUGCCUGGCGCCCACGCAUCCCGCCCUUGCCCAAGGCAUUGCCAGUCUAAGCUUCGACGUGGGCAACGUGGAUCGCAGCCAGAAUGUUGUGAAGGGCAAGGCCAAGAAGGGCGGCAUGAUUCUGCAGGCGGACUCUACACUGGCGCUGCUCACCACAAAGACGGGACAGAUCUACAAGAUACCUAGCUGCAUACGCGGCAAGCUGGUGGAGGUGAACGCUGCUCUGGUUGCAGAGCCGAAACUGCUGGAGCAGCUGCCCGAGGGAGCUGGCUACUUUGCCAUUCUUCUGCCCAAAAUUGAAAACUGCUACUUGAUCAGGGAGAGCCUGUUGACACAGGAGCAGUACGAGGAGCACUUGAAGGCGAACCAGGAGCAGAAUACGGAGCAUUUAAAGACCAUCACGGAGCAGAAGGAGAAAGAAGAAGAGAUGUUGAUCACGUGAAAUACUGACUACGUAUUUAACUAUUGACUACUGAACAUUUAUAAUAAAACCCAGAAUAUGUUUUGCAAGGAA